UUUGCGAGUUUCACAAUACACUUGUAAACAUUAACACUUAAAAGUAAACUUUUAUCCACCAUUAAUUUUCCGUCUGAGACAUAUGCACACUGGGAUGUAAAUACAACAUUCUGAAAAGUGUCUCUGCCAGGCCUGGUGGCACAGGCCUUUAAUCCCUCAGAAGGCAGAGGCAGGUGGAUCACAAUCAGUUGGAGGCUGGUAAGGUGUACAUAGUGACUUCAAGGACAGCUAGCACUACACAGAAAAACACUGUUUCAGGGAAAGAUAGAAGACAAAAACAAACAAACAAAUAAAGGCAUUAUAGUACAGAAUGAUAUUAGAAAGCAUCUUUUGAAUAAUUACGAUAACUUACUUAAAUCAGAAAAAUGUCUACAAUAGUCUUUUGUCUCCUUGGUCCAAGAAAAGCACUCUGUCCAUGGACACAUGACCAAACUGUUAUUUUUUAGUUCUUGUGUUUGCUGUGUUUGAGACCUGAACUCACAGUGUUGCUCUGUCUGGCCUGAACUCACCAUGUAGAUCAGUCUGGACGGGAGAACACAGAGUUCCACCCACCCGUUAAAUGCUAGGGUUAAAUUUGUGCACCUACAGGACGAUUCGAACUGUUUUUAUUUUGUGAUCUGUUGACAGGCAGUGGUGUGACUGUGGACUUCUCCCAGGAGGUGUGGCAAGGCCUGGACCCUGCCCUGAGGGCUUUGUACUUGCUGACACUGGAUGUUCUGUGGCUGCGAAUUGUUUGCUUGCAGUCUCCCUUGCUCCUCCUCAGUAUCUCUUCACAAACUAAUCUGCAAGUGUGUGAGCUUUGUGUGGAUGAGUCUCACAUCCCACAGAAUAAAGUGAAAUCCUCUGAGGAAAAAAGAAAAAUUUGAUGAAAUGUUCUCUCUUCUGAGUAUGUGUUCCUUUGGGAGGUGUAAGGCUUCAUCAUUAUUGGUUCAUGAUCAAUUCAGACUUCACUAAUGUAUAAAAUUCUCUUCCCAAUCAUUCAGUUCCAUUUCUGCCCCUGAGUUUUGACUGAGCUGUGACUGGAAGUGGGAAUCAAGUUACUAUAACUAAAAGUUCUUUCUAAUCGUUUUCUGUAUUCUGACCCUGCAGGACAGUUGGGGAAUCAUUUCUAUAAUCCUGUGUUUAGUUUUUUCUUCAUCUCCUGAGCGCAGUCCUGUGUUAGAAAUCCAGGUGCUUCCUGAACAAUCUGUUUCCCAUGUGCAGAGCUAACUGAUCACCCAGAUCUGCUCACCUGUGCAGCAGAACAAAGUGGCCUGGAAGGAGAGAGGAGACAGGAGCUAAGGAUCCAGGGAAGCAACCAUCUAUUGAUUGUUCCUGAAAGAGAAACUCAAAGAAGAGAAACAUAAGAAAUGGCUGAUUCUCGAGUGAACAUGUCGCAGGGUGUGUUGACAUUCAGGGAUGUGACUGUCAACUUUUUGAAAGAUGAGUGGGAUUGCCUGGAAUCUGCACAGAGGGCUUUGUACAUUGAUGUGAUGUUGGAGAAUUACAAAAACCUGGUUUUUGUGGAGAACUAUUGGAACUGUGAUCCUGUCUAUCAACAUGUGAAGACUGAAAAGGAGUCUUGUCAGUGUACUGAGCUUGGCAAAGUGCUUCAUGACCCCUCCAUAUGUGCACUUUAUAGAACAAGUGAAACUACAGAAAACUCUAAUAACUCAAGAUACAGUAAUCACAGGGAUGCCUCUAAUGACUCAUCAAACCCAGACAGACAUGAAAGCAUGCACACUGGAGAAGAACCUUGCAAAUCUAAAGACCAUGAGAAAUCCUUAAAUUUGAGUUCCAACAUUACUCAAGAUCAGGGAGAAUAUGAUGACGAUUUCAGCUCUGCACACAGUCUUAUGCAACAAUCAAUCUACUCUGGAGAGAAACCAUACAAAUGUGGGAAAUGUGGGAAACGCUUCAGAGUUUCCUCAUACCUCAGUGAACAUAAGAGAAUUCAUACUGGAGUUAAACCCUACAAGUGCAAAGUUUGUGAAAAAUCCUUUUCCCAAUGCUCAAAACUUAAAACACAUCAAAGACUUCAUACUGGGGAGAAACCUUUCAAAUGCAAAGAAUGUGGAAAGUCAUUUCGUCAGUUGUCAGGAAUUAUUAGCCAUCAGAAAAGGCAUACAGGAGAGAAACCUUACAAAUGUAAGGUCUGUGACAAAUCCUUUGCCCACUCUUCCACUUUCAAGAAACACCAGAAAAUGCAUACUGCUGGUAGAUAUUAUAGUUGUGAAAAAUGUGGCAAGGUCUUUCAUCAGCUUUCACACUUUCAAAGCCAUUACAGACUCCAUACUGGAGAGAAGCCUUAUAAAUGCAAUGAGUGUGACAGAUCCUUUACCCACUCUUCAUUAUUGAGUAGCCAUCAGAAAACUCAUUCUCUAGAGAAGUCUCACAAAUGCAAAGACUGUGAUAAAUCCUUCCUUAAAUUAUCACACCUUAACAGGCAUUCCAGAAUCCAUACUGGUGAAAAGCCUUACAAAUGUGAGGUGUGUGACAAAAAUUUCACUUGGGAGUCAACCCUUAAGAGACAUCAGAAAAUUCAUACCGGGGAGAAACCUUACAAAUGUAAGGAAUGUGACAAAUCCUUUAGCGAACACUCAUAUCUUAAAAGACAUCAGGUUGUUCACACUGGAGAAAAACUUUACAGAUGUAAGGAAUGUAACAAGUCUUAUGCUAGUUGCACAUAUCUUAGAGCACAUCAGAAAAUUCAUACUGGAGAGAAACUUCCGAAAUGCAAAGACUGUGGCAUGUCCUUUAUCAAUACUGCAGGUCUUAAAAUACAUCAGCGAGUUCACACUGGAGAGAGACCCUACAGUUGUAAGGAAUGUGACAAAUCCUUUACCAAUCGUAACAAUCUUAAAAGACAUCAAAAACUUCACACUGAGGAGAAACCUUACAAAUGUAUGGAAUGUGACGAGUCCUUUGCCUUCAAAUCACAGCUUAGAAAACAUCAGAGAGUUCAUACUGGAGAAAAACCGUAUAGUUGUUAGGAAUGUGACAAAUCUUUUGCCCAAUCUGUGGUUUAAAGAAACAUCAAAAUUUUCAUACUGAAGAGAAAUUUCACAUAUGUGAAGACUGUGACAUAUCCUAUAUCUGCUAUUCAAAUCUUAUAAGAUAUCAGAGGGUUCAUACUGGAGAGAGACGUAACAAUUGUAAAGAAUGUGACAAAUCCCUUUCCAAUUGCUCAAAUCUUAGAAGACAUCAGAGCGAUCACACUGGGGAGAAAGCUUACAAAGUAUGGAAUGUGACAAAUCCUUUAACUGGAACUCACAUCUUAGAACACAUCAGAGAGUUCAUACUGGAGAGAGACCUUAGAAUUCCAAGAAAUGUGACAAAUCUUACAAGGUGCUCCUAACCUUAGUGCACAUCAGAAAAUUCAUACUAGAAAGAAACCAUACAAAUGCAAAGACUGAUGCAUCUUUUAUCCAUAUUUUGAAUUUUAUGAGACAUUAGAAAAUUCAUACUGGAGAAAAACACCAUACAAUGGUGUAUGAUAUAGCAAUGUGUAUAUAGCAAUGUAUGAUAUAGUAAUGUGUGAUAUAGCAUUUUCCAGUAUUCUCUGCUUUCAAAUCACAGUAGUAUACAAAAUAGAAACAUAAAGAUAAGAAACUUAUGAAAUCAUUAAUGAAGGUUUAAAUUUUUUAAAAUAUCCUAGAGUUUAUAUUAAAAUAAAAUUCUGUAAAUGUAAUAAUGGGAAAUGUGGUGAUAUUUUAUU